GGAGAGAGAAAGAGAGAGAGAGAGAGAGAGAGAAAGAGAUCCAAAGGUGAAAAAAUGGAAUCAGCUCCGACGGGAUGUUUCAAGUGUGGCCGUCCCGGUCACUGGUCUCGCGAUUGCCCAUCAUCGGCUCCGGUCGCCGGCAAUAAUACCGUUUCUUCUUCUUCCGCUCCAUCUCAGAUCCCUAGUAAUGACUAUCAGAGAUCCUCCAAGAAAAGUGGAACCUCCGUAGGGCCUGUUCCUAAAGUGACGAAGACGAAAGUUCAAAGGCCCAAGCUUACUCCUGAAUUGCUUCUCUCUGAGGAUGGCCUCGGCUAUGUUCUUCGCUAUUUCCCUAAAUCCUUCAAGUAUCGUGGCCGUGGCAAAGAGGUGAGCGAUUUGGGAAAUUUGAUACGGCUGUACAGUGAGUGGCACUCUCAUUUGCUACCUUAUUAUUCCUUUGAUCAAUUUGUGCAUAAAGUGCAACAAGUCGCUUCUACUAAACGUGUCAAGAAUUGUAUAAACGAACUGCGAGAAAGGGUUGCCAGCGGAGUUGAUCCAAACAAGUUAUACGAAAAGCCGGAAGACAAUACUGGUCCUUAUGAUGAUCAAGGUAACCUAGAUACGGAUCAGCCAAGUCAUGACGAAGAGAACAUACCAUCGAAGAGCACUGAUGUUGACGCUGAUGCUGAUGCCAAUGUUGAUGCUUUUCAAGACAGUAUGUUGAAUGAGAUCUUUGAUAAUGCUUCGAGGCUACCGGGAGAUGAACAAAACAUGGAUAAAAGCAGGGAACUGACAGAAGAGCAAAGAGAACGUAUGGAAGCAAAUAGAUUGAAGGCAAUGGAGAAAGCUCAGAACAUUUCCGAGGAACAGAGAGUACGUAUGGAAGCUAAUAGACUAAAGGCUCUCGAAAGAGCCAAAGCAAGGCUUCAACCCAAUCAAGAUUAGCUAUUAAACGUGUGAAGGUACACACAUAGCAAGGUUUACUCACAUGCUCAGUAUACCUAAUCUUUGCCUUUUGGCGUUUCAGUUAAAGAUUUUUGUAACCAAAGUGUAACAGAAUCUAGCAUAUGUAUGUCUGGUACUGCUUUUUAAGUUUGUGGUUCGGUUUUUGUGUUUA